AUUUAGCGCGGCGCUCUCUCACCGAAAUGGUCAGAGCCUGUUCCCUGAGGCCAUUCCAUAAUCGGAGGCUAGGUUCAAGGACACAGACUAACUGGAGACAGAACUAGACAAGUCAGUAGACAGAAAAAUACCGGGGUAUGAGGGCGAAGGGCUCGCUUGAGAGAAGGGAUUCUCAGAGAUUGCUUUCUGUAUGGGCUCUGGAUAAGCCAUCAAGGAGAGAUCCAGAAGAGGGGUAUUUUAGGUAGAGGGACCAUCCAGUUAAAAGCCCUGAGAGGACAGGAGCUGGACAGGGCUUAACAGAAAGAAGGCCCAGAUGUCUAUGAUGGUGGUAGUUAGGGUAGUGAAGAGGUCAGCAAAACCAGGUUCCUGGCAUUCUUGGAAAGAAAUAAGGGGUUUUGUUCUUGGUCUGGUGGGAAGUACUGAAGGCUUUUGAGCAGGGAAUGACCUGGGCUGGCUCCUGUUUAGAUAAUUGCUGCUCUGAGAGAAUUACUCUGUAAUAGAAGUGGAGGCUCCUGCCCUCAUCCAGCAAGGGAGGGGAGGGCCUGGGUCCAGGUAGGUCUGGUGCAAAGAAGGGGGUCACCCCUUCUGGGAUGUGUUUUGGAGUUAAAGUCGUCUUGCUGAUGCAUGAAUAUGGGAAGGGAAAGAGGAGUAUCUAGCAUGACUCCUAGAUUUCUGGUCUGAACAACUGAUUGGCUGAAAUUGCCAUGAUUUGAUCCAAGAAAGACUGGAGAAGGGUGGGUUUGGAAAGCAAAAUCAAAUGAUCAUUUGUGGACACAUGACCCUUAAGAUACUUGUUAGAUAUUAAAGAGGAGGUGCACAGUCAGCCAUUGGGUGUGUGCCUCUGUUGUCUGGGAGAGAGAUCAGCACUGAAGCCUUGGAUCUAGGAAGCAAAGGGAAUGGAUGGUAUUUAAGGCCAGGGACCUGGAUGUGAGUGGGAAGGUGCACAGAGGAGGGCAGCAGUCAGACUGAGCCCUGGAACACUCCACUGGGGGAAGAUAGAGAAGAUGAAGCAGAACCAGCAAAGAAGCUGAACAGGAGCAGCCAGGAAGUGGGAGGAAACUGAGAGAGUAUGGGUACUUAGGAGCCAAGGGGAACAAGCAUCAAAUGCUGCUGAGGAGGUGAGACUGGAGAACAAACUACUGGAUUCAGUAGUAUGCAGGUUUCUGAGGACUCUGACAAGGGCAGUUUUAUGCAGAGAGGAACAAGCUCAACUAUGAUAGGUAGAAGAGAGAGUAGAGGUGAAGAACUGGAGAGAGCAAGUGUAGACAACCUUUUAGAAAUUGACUUCUAACAUAAAUAAAAUGAUUAGACAACUCUCAAAGGUACAGCUCCAUAAAUGUUAAAAUCUGUAGACGCCUGUGCAACUGUCACCCAGAUUAAGAUAUAGAAUAUCACCAGCCACUCCAGGAGGCCACUUUGUGCCCCUUCCAGUUGAUAUCCCCAAAGAUGACCACUGUUUUUAUUUCUGUCACCAAGGAUACUUUUAUUUGUCAAAUGUAGACAGCUUUUGAGAGAUUCUGUUGAUGGCUGGGCUCAGAUUUUAUAGGCAGAUAAUGUUCUAAUGGUGAGUGGACAGCUGGGGUUCAGAUUCUGUGGGGUAGCAGGUCCUGUGUACACUUUUCUUGUGUGCUGUGCUUGCUCUAUCUCCAAGACUGCAUGACCAAGACUUCAGUCUUGAGCCUCAGUUUCCCCAUGUGAAGCUUGAUCCUUCUCCCCUCACAUCUCCUUCAGAUUGUAGUCAUGAAUAGGGGAAUUCAUGGGGAGCAGUGAAAAUUGGGGGUGUUCCAGGCCUUUUGAUGCCUGUCUAGAGUCUAGAGCUUAGUCACCAGGGAUGGGUGGGGCUAGGAUCUUGGAGGCCCAGGAGUCCUGCCUGUUUGAGCAACUAACCUGGCAACUAGCCUGGCAACAGGGUAGGCCUGACAAACACGUCUGGCUUUCUGGAGUCUCUGCAGUCUAUCUUCAGGCCACUAUGGUGCUGCUCAGGCCCCUGGUGCUUCUUGUUGCUUUGGUUGUCUCUGACCUCCAUUGCCUGCCCUGGUUCAUAAAUGUCUCUGAGAGCCAGGGACCUGGUACCAUCCUUCAGUCUUUCUUCUUCAACUGCUCUUCAUACAUACCCACCCUGAAGUUGCUCCAUGUGCAGCCACCCACCAACUUCUUCAACCCACCCAGCCUGACCAGGUGGCAGGGGAUCUAUAUGGGCAAGAUAACCUUGAGCAGCUCGGCCCGGCUGGAUGCCCUGGCAGUGAACCACUAUGAGCUGCAGCUGCGGUUCACAUGUGGCAACCAUACGAUGGAGGGACCACUCUCUGUGGAUGUGCAGCGGGACCCUGAUCACAUCCAGUGUGCUGGGAGAUUUGCCAGCCCAGCUGGGGAAAUCAUUCAGGUGCCAGAAAUGGUCACACCUGGGGCCCAGCUGUACACUCUGCUGCUCCCAGGCAUGGAACUCCAGGGAGCCCAGAUGAGCAUCACCAGUGCCCAGGACCCUCCAUACUUCCCUGGACAUUUCUCCAUCAAUGGGCAGGGCUGGCUGCAGGCACCGUCCCAGGGCCUCAAAGGACAAGCUCAAAAGGUCUUCCAGCUUCAGAUUCUGGUGAACUUUGGACAAGGCCAAAGCUGCCAUGGGAUGCUGAUUGUGAAAGUUUUGCCCGCUCCCUCCAGCCAGGUCUCCUUCCUGGAGCAAACUCAGAAUAUCACCAUCCCUGAGAACCUCGUCCCCGGGAGUAAGGUGGUUCAGGUCCAGGCCCGGGGCUUCGAUGUGCGCUACGAAAUCCUCUCCCCGAUGCCCUGCCCGCUCUUCUCCAUUGGACGCGUCGACGGCCUGGUCCGGACCACCGCGCCACUUGAGCUGGCGCAAGCCCCAGGCGCUGCGGUCACUAGGCUUCAGGUGAAGGCCUUCGAGCGGCUCUGGCCAUGGGCUAGCGCCAAGCUUGAGCUCACGGUGGACGUGCAGUCGAUCAACCGCUGGCCCCCCCACUGCCUCCCAGCGAUGUUGGUGACUCAAAUCCCCGAGACCACUCCUGUGGGCACCGUGCUGAAUACCAUCACUUGCACUGACCCAGACUCUCCGGGCUCCACCCUCGACUACCAGCUGAUGUUCCACAGACCUCCUGGUGCGGCCAGCCUCUGCCUUCGAGACACAGUCCUGCAGGUGAAUGCCACACUGGAUUGUGACACUCCUGGGGCCUGCUUUCAGCAUGCAGCUUCCAUCCUGGUGCUGGAUAAUGGUCAGCCCCUCAUGACCACUGAGGUGCCAAUACUCGUGAUGGUGACACCUGUCAACGAAUUUGCCCCAUCCUGUGAGCCACGCACAUUUCGGGUUCGUGAGGAUGCAAGACUGCACACUCUGCUGGGCUCUGUGCUGGGCAGGGACAUGGAUUACCCACAUGACAGCAUUGAGUUCUACAUCUCUGGCGGAUCUGCCCCCUUUGCUGUGGACCGUCUCAGUGGAGAGGUUCGCCUCCUGGGGCCUUUGGACUAUGAGCUGCAAAAAUUGUACAGGCUUACUGUCCUGCUGACUGACCACAGCCAAGACCAGGACCCCACCUACCACCACUCAGGCUCCUGCACCAUUACCAUUGAGGUUGAGGAUGUGAAUGAUCAUGCUCCUGAGUGUGAGCCCCCAUUUCAGGAACUCACCAUCCACAGUCACCUGGGCCAUAGCGUGGAGGUGACCAAGGUGUCAUGUAGGAUUCCCGAAGAGCCACACCGCCUGGUCUUCUCCUACAGCAUUGUGGGAGGGAAUAGUCAGAGCCGAUUCAGCCUGCAAGGAGCUGUCCUGGUGUACAGCGACCUCAUGUUGGGGCUCUCCUGGCCAGAGCAGCCCCAUACUUAUGAGCUCUUGAUCCAUGUGGCUGAUGCAGGUCCCUCCACCCCCCACCUCAGCACCACAACCACUGUCAUUGUUCAUCUAGUUCCUUGGACGGCCAGCAAAGUGGCCACCAGCACCCGCAGAGCUACAGUGUCUUCAAUGAUGACACCCCUGCUUGUGACAGACAUGGAGGCUUUCUGGCAGCCAGAGUCCUGGUUUGUGGUGGUGCUGACAGUGACAAGUGCCCUUCUCCUCCUGGCUCUGGGCUGGCUCCUCAGCAAGCUCCUUCAGGGGUUGACCCAGGUGCUCCAGGCACCAAACAAACAAGCCCAGGCUCUGCUCCUAAACAGUAGCCAAGGAACUGAGGGGCCCAUUGAGGGGUUCAUGGAGGCACAGAAGAUGGAGAAAACACAAGCACCCAGCAGUGUCAUGAGCCUGCGGCAUUUUGAUGGCAGAGCACAGGACUCCCGUACAGGCAGAAAUUACCUGUUCAACACACACACGGGAGCCCGGAGCUGGGUCUGAGGCCAAGAAGCUGCUUCAUAUUUGUGGAAUUUCUUCUUCACAUGAUCAUGGGCUAUGUUUCAAGUUGAUUCGAUAAUAAACAAAAUUACAAACAGAA